AAAAAAAAAAUUUAUCUGCAACAACACAACACUUUUUUCUCAUUUUCCUCGUAUUCUUACCAUUUUCUUCUACAUAUCUAAUCUCUCUUUUCAUUCUUACACAGAUCCCUCUUUAGAAUCUUUACCUCAAAACUUCCCCGUGGAUUUCGAUUUUUAAGAUUCUGCUUCCCAAUUGUCCCUUCAUCCCUUCUGCCUUUUGUUUCUGCAGGAUAAUGGGAUCCAUUCCUGGCCUUCAACAAACCAGGCCUUCCUCUGUUCCAACCGGAAAUGGGGACCGAAUUUGUCCGAAUCCUUAAAAAAUGAACAAAUAUGUGAAUAUCCUCAAUCCCAUGUUCAUAUAACAAGAAUUGAUUUCUGGGAUUUGUUUUUUUUUUUGAGGUUAAUUUUAUCUGUUUGAUUUUUCCCCCUUUUCUUUUUGGUGUGGGAUUUUUUUUUUUUUUUUUGCAUGGUUUUUUGUUCUGUGGAUCUGGGUCAUAUUCAAAGAUUGGAGCUUUUAGGUGAUUGAACAGGAACAUGUUUCUUGUUUGUUAUGGUUAGGAUGAUUAAUUGGGUCCGGCUUUGAAUCAAGGAGGAGCGAAUUUUUAGUAUUUUGUUUUUGUUCAUUUGACCCUAAAAUUUUUGGGGUGGAUAAAUUAGCUGCAAUUGUAAUCAUGGAUCAUGUCAUUGGUGGUAAGUUUAAGCUUGGGAGGAAGAUUGGCAGUGGAUCAUUUGGAGAGCUCUAUCUGGGUGUGAAUGUGCAAACUGGAGAGGAAGUUGGCGUGAAGCUCGAACCACUUAAGACCAAGCAUCCGCAGCUGCACUAUGAGUCAAAGUUGUAUAUGCUUCUGCAGGGCGGAACUGGGAUUCCCCAUCUCAAGUGGUUUGGAGUUGAAGGUGAAUACAGUGCCAUGGUUAUUGACCUUCUCGGCCCAAGCUUAGAGGACUUGUUUAACUACUGUAAUAGGAAGUUCACUUUGAAAACUGUUCUCAUGCUAGCAGAUCAGUUGAUUAAUAGAGUUGAAUACAUGCAUUCCAGAGGCUUUCUGCACCGUGAUAUUAAGCCUGACAACUUCUUAAUGGGUUUAGGGCGCAAAGCAAAUCAGGUAUACAUUAUUGACUAUGGCCUUGCCAAAAAGUACAGAGAUCUUCAAACACAUAAACACAUACCGUACAGGGAAAACAAAAAUCUUACUGGUACUGCACGUUAUGCUAGUGUGAACACUCAUCUCGGGGUUGAGCAGAGCAGAAGAGAUGAUUUGGAGUCUCUUGGUUAUGUGCUUAUGUAUUUCCUGCGUGGAAGCCUUCCAUGGCAGGGACUGAAAGCUGGAACUAAAAAGCAGAAGUAUGAUAAAAUUAGUGAGAAAAAGAUGCUUACUCCCAUUGAGGUGCUCUGCAAAUCCUAUCCAUCAGAAUUCACAUCAUAUUUUCAUUAUUGCCGAUCCCUGCGUUUUGAUGACAAGCCGGAUUAUUCAUACCUAAAAAGACUUUUUAGGGACCUUUUUAUUCGAGAAGGUUAUCAAUUUGACUACGUCUUUGACUGGACUGUAUUGAAGUAUCCACAGAUUGCUUCAAGUUCAAGAGGAGUGAAAACCCCAGGUCUGUUACUAGUCUAGAAAUGUAAUUAUCAUUUUCUAAUAUGGUAUUGAAGGCCAGUUUAAGGCUGCAUUCGAUUUAUAUAAUAUCUGGACGAGGUCUUCUCGUGAUUGUUGGUUGUAUUUUAUGUUCUGCUGAAUUUCUAUGCACCUUUUCAUUCCAAAUGUAGCUUUAUACAUUUUUGAUGCAUCUUUUUACAUCUUUUGUUUGAAUCCAAACUGAGACUAAAGAUGAAACACUAGCCGACUGGCCCCUCUUUAUUAUUCCUUCUCUGUUUUUCAUACAAGCUUCUUGUAACGUAAGGUCCACCAUUCCCAUCUUCCAUGUUGAGGAAAGGAAAAGAGGAAGAGAAUAAGAUAAAAAGGUUCAGCAAUUUCUGUAAACAGAAGCAUAGAGACUUGGAACUAGCUGGAGAUGCAGAGGCAAUGGUCUUGUAGAAUACACUUUAAUUUACGAAUUAAUAGAAUAGUUUGAAUUUACUCAAAGGAAUCACUAAGCACUAGAGUUUAUGAGGCCUAUCUGCUUUCUCGUGAGACGUGAUAUACUAUCGUUUUAUUUCUGCUUGGUGUAAUAUAUUUUAAUGCAUCUAUCCUUUUGAGAAGUUUGAGAAUAAACUUUUCAGGUCUCAUUUAUGGAUGUUCAUGUACUAGUUUGUGUAGUUAAUUGUGGCAAUUGAGACCUGAAUUUGCAUUUAAUUAUAUAACAGAAGGGGAGUUUACAAUGCGAUUUAUUUAUUUAGAUUUCUGGGCUUACCUUGUUGUAAUUACACACAUUUGGAAAGAUACUGAAGUUGAAUAGCUGAAAAACCAGCUACUUUUAGGUUUUGGUAUUCUGCUUCCGUCUCACAUUUACCGCCACUAAUACACAUCCUGCAAAUUGUUGUACAUUCUCCUCUGCUUGUCAAUCUUUAUCUUUUGUAAUGAAAUUUAAUAAUUGAGGAAUGGAAUAAAUGUGUGAUAUUUGUCUAAUUGUUAUUGAGGGAACUUUUUAUUUGUGAGGCUUAUAGGUCAACUUGUUUAAUCUUGUCUUAUGCAGUGAGACCAGAGCUUCGUGAAAAAUUUGAGCCAUUUAAUAGGAGGACUAGUUCUGGUGGUGGUUUGCAUGCUGAUCACUCGAGACAUAGAUCAGAGGAUAUACCAUCAUCCAAGGAAGUGGUGAGUGAAUUUCCCUGCCUUUCUGUGUUGCCAAAUGAUUUCAUUGUAUAUUUCCUGAAAACAACUCGUCUGGAUGCUGUACCAGCAAACGGACUCAGACAGAGGCCGCGUGUCUCGAACUGCCAGCACUUCAAAGAGAGCUGUAAUGUCAAGCAGCCGCCCAAGCUCCUCUGGUGAACCCAGUGAGAAUCGUCCCAGCCGGCUGGGAUCAGGCAGUGGGCGUGUGUCUACAACCCAUAGACAGCCUGGAUUUGAGUCUAAGUCAUCAUCAUUCACUCGUGUUGCAGCUUUGAGAGGCGGCCGUGAUGAAACUCUCCGGAGCUUUGAGCUGCUGACAAUUGGUUCAGGAAAAAGGAAAUGAGCACCCCUUAAAGCUAAUUUUGUGUUUCCUCCUGUAUGAAGAAGACCUAGUUCUUGUUUCGUCUAAAUUUACUAAUGCAAAAUGCUUUACUUAUCAAAAUAUAAAAUUCUUUGUCUGUUCCAUGUGUUUUCAGCAUGGUAUCCAGCUUACGAAACUCCUGUUUUUGGAUUCUUAAACCCUUUCUCUUAACUGGUUCGUGUGCCGUGUAUUCUCUUGUUUCUUAUUGCCCUUGUAACUUGUAAGCUAUAUGAAAAUACAACAAAUGUCUCACUGGGUUUGUUCAUGUUGAUGUAUAUUUUCGAUGCUUCAAUUUUCGUUCCUCAUUUUUUGCUAUCUAUAGUCACUGGUUGAUC